AUGAACACCCAUGCCGUGCAGGUGACAAAUCAUCUAUGUGGUAGCCCUCCUACACAUGAAAGCUGCGAUGGCAACGGAAACCCAGUCCUGAAUUUCCAUCCGCCCUUGUUUGGGCCUGGCAAUUCGAACACCAUCGACACGGAGCACCCUUUCAACUACUCAGUCCAGUUUCAAGAGCACAUUGACUCAGAAGGCAGUCAAGAGAAUCAAUUGGUUGCGCUGGUGACAAUCCAGCAGGGUGAGAAGGUUGUCACAAACACGAUGGCAAACGGCGCCCUGAACGGCAUGUGGCCGCAGCUUGCAAGCGGAAUGGUCCUGGUUUUCGACUAUUGGGAGAGCAGUGACAUGACAUGGCUGGAUGGUGCGUCUUGCCAGGCGCCUUCGCAAUGUUCUGGCAACAAGGCUCAAGUCUCGAAUGUACACAUUGCAAUGAACGCCUGA